AAAAAAAAGAAAACCACCAAUUUUCAUCUGUUAUUUGUUUUUUCAAGUUUCAACCAUAGAGUGGAGCGAGAAGUGAAUGAGAAAUUGAAUUUCCAUGAGCAAUUGAUUUUAGCAAAGUCGAAGAAAGGGUUUGUUUUGUUCGGAAUUGUUAACGUUUGACGUUUGACGAUGUUAUAGCUCUAAAACGAUGAGAGAUAUUUGUCGAAACUUCCAGCGAGGCAGCUGCCAAUAUGGAGAAAGGUGCAGAUAUUUACAUGUCAACAACCAACAGAGAAAACCUAAUGUUCAAGGGUUUGGAGGACAAAACGGUUCUCAUCAACAGCAAAGUACAAAUCCCUUUGGAUUUGGGUCUGGUUCUGGCUCUGGCUCUGGCUUUGGGUCACAACAACAACAACAGAAGUCUAAUCCUUUUGGUUUUGGCACGCAGAACAGUUCCCAGUUAAAUGGGGGACCUCGUUCUGAGUAUAAACCUAACCAAUACAAGCCUUUUGAAAACAAAUGGAAUCGACAAUCGUCCAAACCCCAGAAUGGUGGGAAAUCUGACAACAACCCCCAACCAGUAGAUCAUAAAUGCACAGAUCCUGAGAACUGCAAGCGCCAGAUUGCAGAAGAUUUCGAGAAAGAGAAACCAAUUUGGAUACUUACAUGCUACAGUCAUUGCAAAGGUGCUCCUUGUGACAUUGUUGGUGAUAUUAGCUUUGAAGAAUUGCGGGCAUCAGCUUAUGAGGAUGCUAAGCGUGGGAUGAGCUUGCAAUCAAUAGUUGAGAAAGAGAGAAGUAUACUGAAAUCCAAGAUGCUCGAGUUUGAGAAACUACUUUCUGAACCUUACCAAAAACCAAUAAAUUCUUCUCUCGACAGUCAAAGACCCCAAUCCAUGGGAGCCAAUGCAAAUCUGUUUUCAGGAACAUCUCCAAGUAAUGGUCCUUUGUCAGUCUCAAGCUUUAGCCAACUGGGUACUUCAAUGAACAUGGGUUUUGGAAGGCCAUCUGCACCACCAACAAACACUCUGGCACAGCCUAGUUUCUUUGGAGUUGGAGGGAACUCUUUGGCAUCCAAUACAGGAAACCUAAACAGCAGUGGCUCCUUCGGUGUUCAAAGCAACCCCCAUUCUACACCAGCGGAUUUGACAAUAUUUCCGGGUUCAACUCAGCAAACACCAGCCACAUUCAAUAACUCCGGUUUUCAAACAACAUCAGAUGUCCUGUUGUCAAAUAAGUUACAACCAGAGAAUGUGUCAGGAGAUGUCAGUAUUUGGUUAAAAGAGAAAUGGAAUCCAGGAGAGAUUCCAGAAGAAGCUCCUCCUGAUUCAUUCGUACGUUAGACAUUAGUAAAAUGGCAUCUGAAACAUAGGAACCAAUACUUCGUUACCACU